UUAAGAUAAGAUGUGCUUUAUUGAACAACUUGAGCUGUAAAGUGGCCGGCGUAGAGGGACAGAAUUACAUUGAUGUGAUAUUUCGUGAGAAACUACAAUGAAGAUGUAUGUGCGAAGAACCGGAAUGAUUGGAGCCUUUUUGCUGUUAAUAUACUUCAUCAUUUACAUGAUCGCGAGUUGGAGGACAGGCAAAUCUUUCCCAGAGGGAGUCACAGAUCAAGAGGUUGUGAGGAGGAAACUGGACAUGAUUGAAAAGACCCUGAACAAGCUGGCAAAGCUGAUAGAAGUAUCUGGUCAAAAGAGCUCCACCAAUGAACAUUUUCCAAAUGUGGACCAAGAAAAAGAGAAGCUGGUGAUGCCAAAGUUAUAUCCAAACUCCAUCCUGUUUUCCCACUGGGGUGAUGACCUAUCAGAAAAAGAACAGAAGGAGGCUGAAGGUCUGUUUCAGAUAUAUGGAUACAAUGCCUUCCUGAGUAACCGGUUGCCACUAGACCGAAAGCUUCCGGAUACAAGAGACAGCAGAUGUCUGACGAAGAAUUAUCCCAGGGUCCUGCCAACCAUCAGCGUGGUACUGAUCUACAUAAACGAAGCUCUUUCGAUCAUUAAAAGGGCAGUACGAAGCAUCAUCACCCACACUCCACAGCACCUGCUGAGGGAAAUCAUUCUAGUGGAUGACUAUAGCACUUACAAUGACCUUGGAAAACCAUUACAAGACUACAUAGUUCAGAUUCACAAAGAGAGGCCUGGACUCAUAAAGAAAGUGCGGCAUACGCGACAAAUGGGGCUGUCCCAGUCUCGGAUCUCAGGUUGGGAGCAUGCCACAGCUGAUGUUGUGGCCAUUUUGGAUGCCCAUAUUGAAGCCACAGAGGGAUGGGCAGAACCUUUGCUGGCCAGGAUCAAAGCCGACAGGACGGUGGUGGUGUCCCCAGUGUUCAAUAAGGUGCAUUUUGAUGACCUGCAUGUGGAAAGAUAUUACUCAUUUGCUCAUGGCUUUGACUGGGCUUUGUGGUGCAUCUACGAAUCCUUUAUGCCAGAGUGGUUGAAGAUGGAGGAUGAAUCGCAGCCUGGAAAGAGUCCCUCUGUUAUGGGAAUCUUUGCAGCAGACAGAGGCUUCCUGGGAGAAAUCGGUGGGCUUGAUGGUGGAAUGAGAAUUUACGGAGGAGAAAAUGUUGAACUUGCGAUUCGUGUGUGGCUGUGUGGAGGGAGUGUGGAGGUUGUGCCUUGUUCCAGGGUUGCUCACAUUGAGAGGGCACAUAAACCGUAUGCGCUUGAUCUCAACCCUUCCAUGAGAAGAAAUGCAUUGAGGGUUGCAGAUAUCUGGUUGGACGAGUACAAGCGGAACGUGUUUAUUGCCUGGAACAUUCCCCUUGAGAAUCAUGGAAUCGAUACUGGUGACGUGUCAGAGAGGAAGAAGCUCAAAGAAAAGCUGAAAUGUAAACCUUUCAAGUGGUACCUGGGCAACGUUUAUCCAAGUCUGGAAACAUGGGAUAACCUCUUGGGGUAUGGUGUGCUGCAGAACACGCUUCUCAUUAGCCAUUGUGUGGACCAGGGCGCUGUUCCAGGAAACAUCCCCAUCCUGUAUGAAUGCCACUUCCAGCAGCCACAGCAUUGCUUCUACAACUCAGACGGUGAAAUCUUCAUUGGGGGGAUUAAAUCUCACAAAUAUAGCAGUAACCGCUGCCUGGUUGAUCCUGGCUCUGGCAGCACUCCCACUCUGCAGGACUGUCAGCUGGCAAAACUAAACCAACUACACAUGCACUGGGACUUCAAACAAGGCCAAGCGAUCAUAAACAAAGCAACAAAGAGAUGUCUAGAGAUCGUCCAGGGACAAAGCACGGACUAUGAGGUCAUCAUUCAACAGUGCAGUGGACAGAGCUGGAAGAUUGAGCAUCUUAUCACAAGUUUUUAGUUUGGGCUUAAACUGAAUUCAUAAUAAAGAAUAAUGACAAACUGGAUCUUAUUUCAUUUUUUUUACUGAUUAAUACAAAAUGAAAAACGAAAGUUUGACUGACUGACUGUUUUUGUGUCAUUCUCGUAACAUGACCUGUGUGUGUGCAAUUAUCCAGACUUUCUUGAAGAACCCAAAUGCAACAUCUACCAAUCAGGGUCGAUGAAUUCUACAGGUGUGAUCAAUUUUUUUUUUUUUUUUCUUUUUUACAAUUUCCUAUGUACAAACAUCAUGACUUAAAUAUCUUUACAUUAGACCAAUAGGAUCAGGUGCAUACAAAAUAAAUAAACAAACAAACAAACAAACAAACAAACAAACAAAAGGCAACACUGAAAAA